AUGGACGCCUACCAGCCUUUGCUCAAUGCGUCUGGCGAUAUCCUCGACACAGAGCUCGAGUCUCCGUACUAUCCAGAUCUUACCUCCAAGACGGAGGCGAAGCCCUCCUUCUCACUCAAAGCUCUCCUCGUACUCUUUCUUGCCGUCACCAUAGUUCUUACAGGGGCGAAUGCUUGGGCGACCAAUGCUCUGUCCGUCUCUGUUGUGGACUGCCUUCCUGCCCUCGACGUGAUGCAGCUCAGCAGGGCGGACCAGUAUAAUGGGCUAGGCGAUCGCUCUCGUCAGAGAUUGCAUGAUGCAGAGUACCAGUUUGAGCAGGUGGCGAGAACCGCACGCGGGGCUUGA